AUGUGCAAAUUAAAUGUCCGCUUUUCUAGUAAAGUUAAAUUACUGCGUAAUUCAGUUAAAAACAAAAAGCGGAAAAUAAUUUCGCACGCAGUAAUAUAUAAUAUUUAUGGUGUGUUAGCACAUCAUUUAAAACUUAUGAAAGGAGAUUUAAAUAAAAAACAAAUGAAAGGAGCGAGUGGCAGGGGAAGGAAUUUUGUUGUUGAAAACAGAGAACUUAUCCAGGAAAUACAAAGUAUUCUCGGGGAGGAAAUAAAAGAAAUUAGAAAACUUCAAGAGCAAACUAACAAUGAG